GUACUGAAGUACUGAAGUAACGUACUGUUCUGUAGGUACCUUACAUAUAAAUUAGGGGGCGAGUGGGUAGCCUGCCUAGGUAGGUACCUAAAGAUAUAUGAUUUCAAGGUCUCCACAUUUUAGUUUGUACAGUACAAACAGUAAACUCUCUCAACUUUAUUUCGACUUCAUUCAAAAUUUUUGGAAGGAACUCAGGGUGUAAUCCACGUCACCUAAAUACGAUAAGGCACGAUAAGGGCCGUAAUGUGUGCUAUAUAAGUAGGGUCUGCAAGGCUACCAGACUUAGAAUAAUCAACGCACUUUUCAACCGAUUGACCAGUCUACAAAAGUCUUCAAAAUCUAAGUCCUCAGGUUACCCGUGCCUCUUAUAUUCGAUUACGCCAAUAAAUUUCCGAGAUGAGCGAUUUUCUGACAACGGGAGAGGCGCAUGAGCGUGAGACGCGUGAGGCGUUAGAUAAGCGUCAACCUUUAGUUGAUGAAUUUCUCCAAGAGCUAGACGGGGCCGGACCGCCUUCCGAUCGGACAGAGUGCGAGAGGGAAAUGGAGAAAAUCAUUGAAAGAAGGCGCCGCAUCGACAGAGAUCUCAAGAAGAAGCGGAAAGUCCUCGAGAAGCGGGCGGCUGCGGCAAACGAAUUUAUCGACAGCAUGAAGGACGACUCUGGCCGGAUCGAACGCGAGAGGCUGCUCACCCACUUGGAGAAUCUAGAUCAGUCCAUCUUCCAGCAUGCUCUUCUUGUGGUGGCUGCGCAUGAGAAGGACCCGAGUUUCAUCCGUAAUCUAUCGGCGGGACAUCGGGAGGCACUCAGCAUCCUUGAUCACAGGUCUGUCGAAGACCAUCUGUCUGAUGAGAUCUCACAGAAGAAAAAGGCGUUGGAGGAGGCGUCGGUCGAGUUGGCGAAGCAGAAGCAAGAGCUAGCAGAAAAGGAUAGGGAACUGAUGAAAAAGACAGACGAAUUAAAGACCGCCCGAGCCGAAGUCGUGGCACUCAAAGCACAAAUAGGCGAGAAAGACGAGUCGAUUUUAGGGUUGAAGGCAAGUAAGAAUAAAGCAAACGACCUCGCCAACGAUCUAUUCGACCAGAUAACGAGAAAAACCGGCGAAGCCGUCGCACUGACGAGCAAACUCGACCAAGCGGAGCACCGCCUAUCAGAGCUGAACAAGCGCAUUCCCCAGCUAGAAGAUCAUAUCAAAGAUAGGGAGCUUCGGCUGGCCAAGUUCUUCGCUGCGCAGUCCAGCUGCGAGGGCAACGACUACGGCGGCUAGGUGCCGUUCGCCCGUGUUGUCGCUGAGGCUGAUAGCGUCGUAGGAUCGGAUCCGCCGACGACUCUUCCGUGGGUGCUACUCGAAACUUGGCGAGAAGACACAGAGCAGCAGCUUAGCGAAUAUUCCCAUCCUUCCGACGUGAUCCUUAUGGCCUGCAAGCUAU